AUGGUGGUUCUUUCAUUUUUAGAAAAUGUCAAGGAUGCGGCGUCCCGCCUGAUACCGACACCGUACAUGGAUAUUGUGGUGGAGGCCACGAAGCCAGAGUUAUCAACGCCGCAAUAUGAGUCUGUUGCCUUUCUGUGCGACAGCGCGAACUCCUCGGGGGAUGCCGCGGAGGAUGUUGUGCGGGCUGUGCGGCGGCGCAUCACAGACAGUGACGCCAAGGUUCAGCUUCUGACAGUACUCGUUCUUGGCAUGUUAAUAAAGAACUGCGACAAUGCGCUGCAUGUGGAGGUGGCCUCGCAGAAGGGUUUGCUGCGGGAUCUGCAGAACGUCGCCAUACGAACGCCGUGCGUUACGGAAAAGGAGCGCAUGGCAAAGGAGGCCGCAUUGGCACUCAUUUUGAAUCUUUCCAUAUGGUUCACCGGCCAUCCAGAUGGGCGGCUGUACAUCUUGACGACAAUCAGCGAUGAUGUGCGGCAUGCAAUUGGUCCAAACGCAUUUGAAGGAAUUCAGCAUGACACCACGCAACUAAAUUCUUCGGUAAUGCGCCAGCAGCAACAUAAUCCUCGUUUUAACAGACAGCCAAGGCAAACCGGACGACAGCAGCAGCAUCAGCAGCAGCAGCGGCAACAAGGGCUUGUUGUAGAUGCCGUGGGGAUCAAUUUCCCAACGGAGGAGGACCUUGCCGCCAUGCUGGAUUGCUGCAUGACCCUGGCGGAGUAUUUGAAUAACGCAAAGGUUCAGCCAGAUGGCUCUAUUAAACCCGAUGAUGUUAUUUCUGGUUUUCGUGAUAGAAUCCUGGCUGACCACAAGAGAGUGACGGUGCUUCUCAGCUCCGACCUUAAGCUUAACAACCGCGACACCCUCCGUGAUGUAUUCGAUAGCCAAAGUGCCCUCAUCCAGCGACUACAGAGCGAUGUAAAGUUACAUCCAGACCAAACUCCCGCACCGAGCCGAGUCACAGAUGUUGCUCCGACAGAGAGGUACCUUCCUCAGGUGACGACCCCGAACCCUCCGGCUGCAGCUGCAGCUUCUUCAGGGGGUCAAGGGGUCGGAAUGACGCCGGCGAUGAACCCACCCAUGUCCCAAGUGGAGCCUGUUGCGGUUCCCACGGCAUUAGAGGCAGGAACACGAGAGGCCGCAGGCGAGGCGGAAGGGUCCCAGCCGUCUCCCGCGCAAGAGGCAUCAAAGGUCAUGGAAAACCUUUUUGUCUCUGCGCCUGUUACGGAAUCCCUUGCACCUGCCGCAGAAACUUCUUCACGCGAAUAUAAUGACAAUGUGGAUUUGUUGUUAACGAAGGCGGAUAUGCCCCCCUCUGAGCCAAUUCCAAGUGUUCCAGAGAAGGAGGAAGAGGUGCUGAUGGCAGGAAAAGAGGAGAAUCAAUCAAAACAGGAAGAAACACAGAAGCAGCCGGAUCCCCAUGAGAAGUCUCCAGAAGAGAAGAGUAAGCAACCCGCUGGCGAAGAUGAUGAGUUUGAUGCCUUUUUGGAGGGACGUUUGUCUAAAUAG